UGGGUUUUAGAGAAAGACUGAUAAGCAUGUGAUACAAGAGACUACCCAGACCUGUGCAGUUGAGAGUGACGAGGACAAGAAGAAAAUAUGAUCGUACUUAUAGAGGACGGGGUGUCACAAGCUGGUGGAGCUGAAGUGAUCUGGAGUGGUCCUGAGUUUUGACUUUAAGCUUCCUGUUCUUCAUCCACAUCUGCUUGCUGAUGUCCCAAGAGGCAGGUCACACUUAACCCCCAAGGGACAGAGGGAGGGUGAAAGUACAAAAGGACCGAGAUAAUGGUCCAAGGAGGAGGAUUUCAUUCCUCAUGUGGCUCCAGUUUCCCAAUUUAUUUUUGUAGAGUACGAGGAAAAGAAGCAUGAUGGUGAAGACUUCGCAGAGGAAGCAUCGUGACUGGGGAAAACAGUUCCAACCAAAGCCAGGUUUAAACAUCUCCAUCCCUUUGAGGAUGUCCAGUUACAUAUUCAAGAGACCAGUUACUAGAAUCACAUCCCAUCCCGGCAAUGAGGUCAGAUGCUGCCACGAGGAGGAAACCCUGGACACCCCCCAGCAGCUGUGCUGGCAGAAGAGACUGCAAGGACUCCAGGCGUGCAGCAGCACAGGAGAACCACUGAGUCCUCUGGAUCUUGCCAAAGCCUUGCAAAAACUUGUACCAAGAUGUGCUGGUGAAUCCCUGCCAGGGGUGCACACAGGCGGUCCCAACCCCAGCCCUGGGCCCACCCCUGCCCGGUCUUCAGAUUUGUCAGAGAUGACUCCAGGAGCUGGUCCGGGCAUCCUGCAGCUCCUCUGCAAACAGUGUCUGGUCACUGAGGAGGAGAUCAGUGAUCAGGAAAGGAAAGUGAAGACAGCAAGAGAGAGACUGGCAAUAGCACUGACUGCAGACAGACUGGCGAGUGAGGCAGAGAGAACGAGGGGCCAAGAAGGACGUCCCGACAAACACCACGACAAGGAGAGACGAUGGUGCCAAUGAAAUUCCGCACGGCGCUUUAUUGCUGUGUCUGCAGCGUUCUU